ACAAGAGAAGGUAACAGUUAACCAAGAGAGUAUCAGAUCUAAAGCAACCUCCAGGUCUGCGGCUGCACGUCUCCGCUGAAAUAACUUCAGACGUCGGCAGGUGGUCAAGUGAAGGCUGAAGACAGAGCUGCAGACACCAUUUCAUUACACCAAAGGGUAUUUUCCUCAAAGGAACUGAGUGAGUCGGAGCUCCGCUUUUUUGGGGGACAUUCUCCACUGAAAUGACCUGUUAUGGAAGGAGAGGGCCAUAAAGAAAAAAGGACCAUAUUAAGCAUCCCGAUAUAACCCGAACCACUGGUCAUCUCUUUGCAAUGAAUCGUCUCUUCUCCACCGGAUGAAAUGCCCCGACCCUAACACCGCCGCACCAUGGCAGCUUUAGUCUCCGCUUUGCGCUGGGCGAAGAUUCUUAGGGCUCUUCUGCAUGCCCAACAUGCGGUGUUUCUUGGACUAACAAUACUCAUAACAGUGAUUGCAGCAGACGCACCUGUUGCAGAUGAGCCUCUAUUGGACUCUGCACACAACACUAUGGGAUUUCUCGGAGAUAUUCCAAGUCCAACAGGAUCGUCAUUAUCAGCCUUAUUAAAUUCACAUUACACUACCUUUGAAACCCCAGAGUCACCUGGUGCCCCCUCACCCAUGUCUCAACCAACUGAUGGAGAUAGGACUACUGACACUGCACUUUUUAAGCCAGAGGUUAACACACAUCACUCCAAAUCUCAGAUGCCAGUCGAUGUCCUUAAAGGAAACCCAGGUAUUCUGACCACUCCAUUGAGUAAAACUUCACAACCUUCUCUGGCGUCCGCUCCACGAUAUGAAGCAUCAGCCAAACUCUCCACAGACUCAAAGAUGGUCAGGACAGAUUCAAACUUUCAGGCAUCGUCUCAUCCUCCAAUUUAUACAAGUUCCGACCCAUCACUCCAGUGGAAUACAGCCAUGACAUCUUCAAACCCAACUGCUUUUAGAAAAUCAACACCUCAUCUAGUUCUUCAUUCCGUGAAGCAAGCCGCUUCUAGUGAGAUACAGGAUAGGCAUUCAAAUCAGACACUGCCCAUCAGGACCUUUAUGCCCAGUCCACCUCUGGAACUCCCAAUACUGGCAUUCUCUGACUCUUUGGCAAACGAAUCACAUGGUCAAAUUGGGAAAUCAAGCCAGCUGAGCCCCAGCAUUGUGGCCAUGGAAAACAAACCAGCUCCCGGCAUAAACAUGCUGCCUGAUGAGAUUCCGUCCCCUGGACACCAUGUGCCUUUCAUCACACCCCACCAUGCAACACCUUUAUCUGAGCCCACCGACUUGACUCCAGAGGACUACUACCCCACCAACACCAUGGAUGUGGACUGGGGGUCCGGCGAUUACCUGGAGACAAUGUCUUUCUACAAUUCAGAUGGAGAUCCAUAUUCUCUGGUCACCAAGGUGCCCUCUGACCCUUUUGAUCUCCAGGACUAUACAGAAAGCUAUGACACAUCCUUUCCUUCCAGAGUGGGAAUAUCACCCUCAUCCUUAAACCCUCUUCAAGUCUCAGCUACUCCCAGCCUUUUGACAACAAGCAGCACCAUUGUUCCCCUUAAAUCUGUUAAUCCUUCCACAUUUUCUACUUCAGCUCUCAUUACACUGGAGCCCACACAAACACCCAGCACUGACAUAUCGGUUACGGCAGACAUUGACUGGGCAGAUACGUUCACAAUUCAACCAACAGACGUCCUCCUACCUGACAUGAACAGCUUGGAGUAUUACACCACUCAGCUGACCAAGGAGAACAGCACAGGAACUGGAGCAGAACAUGGAGGGGAUGUUACAGUGGUGUCUAUCAAUGCCACAGAGAUGUCACCCUCCACUGGCUUCACCAGUGACACUAAUCUGACCGAAGAGGAGUCCUCUGGUGACCUGUCAGGCUUUGAGGUUCAUGAUGAAUCAACCCCAGCAGCAACAACGGAGGAGAGUCCUCAUCUUGUCAAUAUCUCGGAGCCUUUUCUCGCCCCUUCGAUUGUCCCAACUCACUUCUUUGAGACAUCAUCCUCCAUAUGGGGGGGGCAGGUGUCCACAGAUUGGGCUGCACAUACAAGCAUCGUAGGUGUGCACACUGCUCCAGCAGAACCUAGCGCAACGCCAGUGCUUCCGGAAGAUGUGAUACCUUCCUCCUCUCUGACAGAUGUUCACUGGUUUGUUACAGAUUCUGUCUCAGAAAGCUCCACACACACCACUCCUGUCUUAAGUGCAACUACGACCUUCUCCCCCAGUCCCACUGAACCUGCUGCCAACGACACUGCCGGCACAACAGACCCAACUUCCCCAGAUCCAACCUUUGCAACUGAACAACCUCUAAACACAUCGUCAGCUUCCACUGAUUACACAUGGCACAAUGUCACUCUAGUACCCCCAGUUAUGUUGGGUGAUGAGGGUGUGACUGAAGAUGGAGAUGACAUCCCAGCCACAAUGACCUUGAUGCCAGCGAGCAGCGAGGUUAAUACAUUGUCUUCUGCACCCACCACUACAACUGCCACAACUACUCCUCAUCAAGCCACAACCGGGGUUGAAGCCACCACCGAGGCCUCGACUACUGUCGGCAUCAUCUCCACUACCAGUGAAAUUACCACAGCCAUGGCAACAACACCGAGGCAGUACCUCUGCAGACAUGACAGGCCGGCUUACUUAACGAAAAUCGGUUUCCCCUCUGGAGCCACUGUUGGAUAUGCCAAAACUCAAAUCAGAGACAUACUGAAAGGCGAAUUCAACAAAUCGGUGGAGCUGCAGGUGGUGGACCCCCCACCAAGAUUUGUGUUCCGGGUGGUGUCAGGUCCAAUCGUGUACUCAGCCAUUUCCGUCAUCAACGCUCUGCGAAGGUCCGGGCGUCGUUUCCUGUCAGUAUCUCCCAACCUGAAGACACCUGACCGUAAAUUUCAAGUCCACACAGUGCUGCAGUUUGUUCCCGGUCACAUUGACGUGCGCUACUGCAACUUCAGCGAGAGCGUGGAGAGAGGUCUGACCAUGGCCUUCGCAGAAGUGCGCCGGCGCUCGAAGGGGUCAACCAACGUCACAGUGCAUAUUGUAAACGUGACAAUGGCUUCUCCUAAAUAUGAGGAACAACGCCUGGUGAGUCGGCCAGUGGACAUCACCUUCGCUGUUAGUGGUUCGAGGGGCUACCUAAUGGGGUCAGAGGUCAGCAAUGCUCUGAUGAAAUUCACAGUGGUGGAGUUCAGUUAUUACAUGGGCUUUCCUGUUCUGCAGAUUGCUGAGCCUUUCCAUUAUCCGGAGCUAAACACCAGCCAUUUGCUCCGCUCUUCCUGGGUUAGAACAGUCCUCUUAGGUGUACUGGAGCAGAAAGCGGGUGAAAGGACCUUCCAAGCAAACAUAGAGCGCCGGGUGGCGAUGUUGCUCGGGGAAGCGAUGGGACAAGUCCGACGGGUUAAAAGAGCCACCGCUGUUGGCAACAGCAGUGUUCAGGUAGUAAGUGCAGGCCGGCUGGUGGGUGCGGACCACCCUUUGGAAAUAGUGUAUUUUGCGGAGGGUCCCAGUGGUGAGAGAAUGCCCGCAGUCCACACAUCCAACCUGCUCAACAGCCUGGACGUUCAGAGGGCCGCCAUUAUCUUGGGAUAUCGUGUCCAGGGCAUUUUGGCUCAGCCUUUCGAGAAAGUGGCAUCCCCUCCCUCUGAAACGGAGAACUCAAACAUAUGGAUCGUCGUUGGAGUGGUGAUUCCCCUCCUUGUGGUUAUAGUCAUCAUUUCCAUCCUGUACUGGAAACUGUGUCGGACAGAUAAGUUGGAGUUUCAGCCAGAUGCUAUGACAUCUAUCCAGCAGAGACAAAAGUCGCCUGCAUCAUUCAGUGAAUCAGGAGCCUCUCUGCGUCAACCACUCCCACAAACUAAAAGAGAAAUUGAAUUUAGUGAGGAUGAAGAGGAGGAGGAGGAGGAGGAGGAGGAGGAAGAAGAAGAAGAGGAGGAGGAGGAUGAGGAGGAGGGGGAGGAGAUAGAGGUUGAAAAAGGGAAGAAACCAGUAGCUCCAACAAAGGGCAAACAAAGCGCGAACAAGCAGGAAGAAGGAGAGGAGGAGGAAGAGGAGGAGGAGGAAGAAGAAGAAGAAGAGGAGGAGGAAGAGGAGGAGGAGGAAGAAGAAGAAGAAGAGGAGGAAGGGGAAGAAGAAGAAGAUGAGGAUGAAGAUGAAAAGAGGAAACUUAGAAAGACAGAAACUGCCUCACAGCAGAAGAGAGUUCAAGAGAGCAAAGCUGUGUUAAAGAAACCGGGGGGGCAGAAGACAGAGGAGAGGAUGGCAGUUGUGUCUAAAGGGAGGAGAGCCCAGCAGGAGGUACAUGGUGUAGUAGACCUACAAACUCCCACUGUGAAAGGAUUUGACUUUGCCAAACUUCAUCUUGGCCAGCAGAGUAAAGAUGAUGUCAUGGUGAUCCAGGAGCCUGGUCUCCCAGGGCUUGGGUCUGGGCCCCUCCCUAUAUCCCUCAAAGAUGGCCUCUGUCCAUCUGAAAAUGGAGAGAUCCUUACACCCAAAUCUAAAACCUCAGCAUCCUCCAUGAAGGCAUCCCGCAGUGGUCGAAGGAGAGAAAGGAUCUCCCCGUCAGACGGUGACUCGGUGGUGAGUGAUCAUUCGAGUGAGCGGGAAUCGACAGAGGAGAACCUGAGAGUCCAAGCCACGCCCAGCGACAGCAAGCAGACCCGUAAGGUCCCCAUAAAUGUUUUAAAUGGCAAGUGGCCUUGGCAACACUCAACAUCACCCCUCCAAACACAGACUGUGAAUGUGCACAGGGAGGGGAUGGGAAGAACUGGCAAGAAUAGAAUUGGUCCUCCUCCUUUGAAUGGGGCAGCAAAAGAGCCGCAGUCCUCAGCCGCCAUCUUCGAGCACGUCGAUCGGAUCUCUCGCACCACAGAUGCAAGCAGGAGACUUCCCAAUAAAGUCCAGCUAAUUGCGAUGCAGCCCAUGCCUGUCCCACCUCUGCACAGUCCACCCAUCAAUAGCAAAAUGUCCGAUACAAACCAGAUCAACAAAGAGAUUCGUUUACGUGCCAAAAGGAAAGGCCACUACGACUUCCCUGCAAUGGAAGACAUGGUUGGUGGCCUUGGAGAUUCCAGAGACCAGGAUCAGAUUUACCAAAAAGCCCAGACGCAAAUCAAUAAGAUCCUGGAGCCAGACACUCAGAUGCCCUCCAUGUUCAUGGAGCCAAAAAAAAGUGGCCGUGGGAGGCGCUCUCCUAAACAGAGGCUGAAGGAUCAGCUGAAUGGGGGCAUGAGGGAAGCAGACAAAGACCACCUCAUCACCGAAGACAUCGAUGCUUACAGAAAGUGCCCUGGUGUCAACAAUGUAGCCUAUGUGUCGGACCCUGACCAGGGCCCAGGAUCCCCGCACAGGAGCCCUUCCCCCACGGAUGACGUCUUUCUAGGUCCUGCUUCCUCACCUCCAGGGCAUGCCCCUCCCCCACCACCCUACAUGCCUCCACAGCCCUCCAUUGAGGAGGCGCGGCAGCAGAUGCACUCCCUGCUGGACGAUGCCUUUGCUCUGGUGUCGCCCACCUCUCAGGGCAGCACAGCAGGGAUCACUCUCCCCGGAGUCAACAGCAACCCCCAGUGCUCCAGCCCUCCAGGUCGCGGCCCUAGAGGUUGGGGUCCCUCCUACCAAACUCUUGGCCCGCUCCCUGGUAGGUUCUCUGAGCUGGGCAUGUCCUCUACUGCAGUCCAAGGCUUGACACCCAGACAGGGCCUUGGCUCCAGCUAUCUACCACCAGGAGAAACAGCAGGACAUGGCGAGCAGCUCCAGCCAGACAGCCUGUUCUCCAGCAGGGGCCUCUACGCCGACGAGCUGCCGUCCUCUGCCAGACCACGUCCGGUGGGGGGAACCACAGGUGCCCAACUCCAUCAUCUGACACAGGUGGGCUUGUCCAGUCGGAUGAAUGGUUACCCGGCAGGGGUCAGGGCUGCUCCUGGCCAGAAUGGGGGCGCAGGCUGGAACCAUUUCCACGAUGACCAUUUCUCCAAGGCGGAGCCAGAAAGAGAUGUAUUGCACAGAAGUGGAAUGAGGGACCCCACGGCGCCCCCCACCCACUUUGAUUCUCCCGGCGUGGGCUAUGUGACAUCCCCACAACCUCUGGAUACGUCUCCUCCCAUUCAGUCCUCUGCGUCCUUGAUAAAGGCCAUCAGGGAGGAGCUGCUGCGUCUCUCCCAGAAACAGGCGUCUGUGCCCAGCUACCACAGCUGAAGCGCCUGAUUCUGGUCUCCAGCUGUAACCAGUCACGUCACUGACCCCGCCUGCUCUACCUGAUCUGACAAUGCUUCCUAUGGAAGUCCCUGAAGCUGCACAGCAGAGAGGUUGUCCAGCAGAGGCAGCUCAUAAACGUUUGGAACUUUUAGGGCUGCCGUUUUGGGGGGGAAAGAAAACGAUGACAGAACGGUGAAUUAAGAGGGAGAACACGUCGGGGACAGUGGUAUGAUAUACCCAACAUCAUGAGCAGUAUACACCAGACCAGAGAGGGAAGCCACGUGUGGACUCAUCGUGCCUGUGUCACUGUCCUGCACUUCAUUGUGGAUCCGGGAGGGAUAUCGCCAACUUCUGGCUGCUGUGGAUCCACACGUCGAUCAUUUCGCAUUUCGCUGCACUACUACAGACUCUGCAUUCCUUCUUUUCUUUUUUAAUUUUUUUAUAUUGCCUUCACAGACAGCCACAGGUCACCUGAAGAAGCAUCUUCAUUUACUAUUAAAACUACCAUGUAUGUCAUUUUUUUCUUUCUUAAUGUCCUUUUCACCAUUAGGUGCUACGUCUGUUCUCUGCCAUGAUGAGCCAUGCUUUGCCUUGACACUGUGACACAGUUCACCGGACCACAUCUACUGUUCAAGCCUAAAAUAAGGUCACAGUUCACAGAACAGCAAGCCAGUUCAGAGAGUGAGAGAGAGAGGUAAAGUGGGGCAUCCAUACACACCACCAAUUAAGAAAAAUGCUACCUAUUUGCUUAUUGCAGUAUAACAGAAUUAGUCUGGGUCGAUAUUCUUUUUUUGAAUCUACUAACCUACAGUGCUUUCUUGUUUUAUCACACAAUAGUCCUGUGUUGUUCUCUGUUUAUUUAUUUGUGUUAGUAGCUAAAAGUCAGAUAGUUAAACAGCAAGAAAAAUAAAGACCUUGAAACGAAAACUUCAACCACGAUUUCAGAGGCAGGUUUUACCGAUAAGGUACUUGACAAGUAUGAGUAAAUAUUACUGUAUGUUUUCAGUAUUUGGAUGUUACUUGAUGCACUGUAUUCAGACUACUCGGUACAGCUCAGGUCUUUUAAAAAGAAAUUCCAGUGAAAGGACAUAUAGUGGGGACGUUUGAAAGAACCAGUGUUCUUUUUCUAACAACUGUCUGUUGAUUCUGCAUGGACGACCAGCUAUUGUAUCAUGCAGUGUUUAAAGUUUUCUCUGCCUCUCUGGGAGGGAAAUAAGAGUGUUCUACAUUUAUUAUCCCACAUACUUUAAUUGCAGUCAGAUAUUUGGUUUGAUUUCUAUUUCUUUAUGUAAUUACGCUCAACUAAACGUCUCUUUUGUUGUGUUCUGGUUAGAAAUGAUACAGGGUUCCAUUUUCUUUUUCUUUUACUUGGCAAUCCAUUGACAUGAUUCUGUGCGACAUCUUAGGCUCUGGAGUUAUCAUUUGAGUUAAAUAAAGGAAAACAAAUCAUGGCCUUUUUGAAAGUAAAUAAUGGUUUGGGAUUGCGUUUUUGGAUUGUGGGCGAAUCAUAAACAUGACCUACACAAGCCUUGGUUUUUGGCCUGGAGUUCAAACAGUCUGAAAAUAUGGCCAGCUUGCGCUUCCCAUGCCAUGUUCUGAUCUAGCGCCAUGUGCCUUUUGGACUCACCUGACCCACUUAAUCGCUGCGGGAGGCAGAAAGUCUGAGUCAGUUUUAUAAUCCAGUCUGCUGUAAAAACAAAUACAAACAAAAACAGCCUGAAUAGGGACAAUUCUGACAGGGCUGUGGGUUUGUGGAUACGGCGUGCUACAAUAUCACAGUUAUAGUGGGACUGUAGCCUCUGGUUGUCUAUUGUGCUUCCCUGUUCACUGGUCUUGUGUUACCAAUCUCACACUGUAUGCCUCCAUCUGCUGGGUCUGUACUGUAACUACAUCUCUUUGUGUCUGUCAUCAUUUUCUUUGUGUUGUAUUUUCCUUUUGAUCGUUUUCUACAUUGUGAAAACCAACUGUUGGCUGGCCCAACUUUACAUUUGAUUUUUGUUGCAUGUUUUUAAUCAUUGCGUUGCUCUGGUUUGUUUUUGAGCAUGCUGUUAAAAAAAAAAAUCUUGAAAUACAAAAGAGGAUGCUACCAGACCGGCCUUUGGACUUUGUGUGUACCCAAAUCUGAGGUCUGUUUUAUCUGAUUGGAUUUAAUCAGGUUCAUUUGUAUAUAAAGCAAACUCAUAUCCUCACAUCUCAUGUCAUUCAUUUGAAGUGUGUGGUGGGUUGUAAUUAUCACCAGCAACCAGAGGGUGUCAGCACAUUUCAAGGAAAUUAA